GCAGGAUCGCCGGAGCCGCCGUUACCGCCGCCGUUGCCGUUACCGAGUCGCUUCGGCUCCCGCCGGUUCCCCGGCCCCGAGCUACCGCCGCCGCUUCCGCCCGGCUCCCGGGGGACGAGGAUGCGCUAGGCCACAGCAGUGUAAGACUGGAAACAUCUGGGCUGGAUGGACUUUAGCAUCAAAAGAAGUUCUCAACUUUUAACUCGAAAAAUUAACUACUUAAAAAUGAAGCAAGUACCAGAGAUCCUUGGAAAUACCAAUGGGAAGACUCAGAAUUGUGAAGUGAAUCGUGAGUGUUCUGUCUACCUGGGCAAAGCACAACUUUCUGCCACUCUGCAGGAAGGUGUCAUGCAAAAAUAUAAUGGCCAUGAUGCUCUUCCAUUCAUCCCAGCCGAUAAGUUGAAAGAUCUGACUUCUCGUGUGUUCAAUGGUGAAUCCGGGGCCCAGGAUGCCAAGCUGCGCUUUGAACCCCAGGAAAUAAAAGGAGUUGGAACACCACCAAACACUACUCCUAUCAAGAAUGGAUCUCCAGAAAUCAAGCUGAAAAUCACUAAAACCUACAUGAAUGGAAAACCUCUGUUUGAAUCUUCCAUUUGUGGAGACAAUGGUGCAGAUGUGUCACAGUCAGAGGAAAAUGAACAAAAACCAACAAACAAGGAGAGGAGGAACAGAAAAAGAAGCAUAAAAUAUGACUCCUUACUUGAGCAGGGUCUUGUUGAAGCAGCGUUGGUGUCAAAGACUUCAAGCUCCCCUGAAAAUAAGGCUCCUGCUAAGAGAGAUUCAACACAAAGUACCAUCAAAGAUGACAAAGUCCAUCUGUUGAAGUACAAUAUAGGAGAUCUAGUGUGGUCAAAAGUAUCGGGUUUUCCUUGGUGGCCAUGUAUGGUUUCUGCUGAUCCUAUUCUUCAUUCCUACACUAAACUAAAAGGACAGAAAAAGAGUUUUCGUCAGUAUCAUGUUCAGUUUUUUGGAGAUGCUCCAGAACGAGCCUGGAUAUUUGAGAAGAGCCUUGUGCCUUUCAAAGGAAAAGAUCAGUUUGAACAAUUAUGCCAGGAAAGUGCAAAACAAGCCCUCACUAAAGCAGAGAAAAUAAAGAUGUUAAAACCUGUUUCAGGGAAGCUGCGACCACAGUGGGAGAUGGGUGUUAAGCAAGCAAGUGAAGCAGUAGGCAUGACAGUGGAAGAACGGAAGGCCAAAUACACCUUCAUCUACAUUAGGGACAGACCUCAUCUUAAUCCUCAAGUGGCAAAGGAAGUUGGCAUUGCUGUGGAGCUUCUAGAGGAGGAGGUAGAUGAGUCAUCUUACUCAAAUGAAGAAACCACUGAAAGUCUGAAAUCAGUGAAGGAGUCUGGCAUUCCUAACAAGAGGAGGAGAAGGACAUCAAAAUUGUCUGCCACUGAUGAUGCACAAGAUAGCAGUCAGUUGGAGACUAAGAAUACUACUCCUCAAAAGUCAUCUGAACAGGCUGAAUCCAAAAGAGGGAUAGGCUCCCCUCUCAGUAGAAAGAAAACUCCAGCCUCUACUCCACGAAGCAGAAAGGGCGAUGCAGUAUCUCAGUUUUUGGUCUUUUGUCAGAAGCACAGAGAUGAGGUGGUUGCUGAACAUCCCGAUGCAUCAAGUGAGGAGAUUGAAGAGUUGCUUGAAUCGCAGUGGAACAUGCUUAGUGAAAAACAGAAAGCUCGCUAUAACACAAAGUUUGCCAUAGUGACCUCUCCCAAAUCUGAAGAAGACUCUGGUUCAUCAUUGAAGAAUAUUGGAGAGGCCAAACGUAAAGUGUUUCAAGACUCACCUAAAAGGAGAUCAAGAUCCAGAAGUAACUUACAUGGAAAUAAAAGAAACCAAAAAAAGAGGACAAAGGAACCUACAGAAGAUUUUGAAGUUCAGGAGGCACCUAGGAAAAGACUCAGGAUGGAUAAACAGAAUAAUCGGAAGAGGGAGACAAGCAAUGACAAAACACCAAAAACAAACUCUACUAAGGUCACAGAAACCUCCUCUUCACAAAAGAACCAGUCAGCAACGAAAAAUCUGUCUGAUGCAUGUAAACCUCUGAAGAAGCGAAAUCGGGCUUCAGCAGCAGAAUCUUCAACUCUUGCUUUUAGCAAAAGUUCAUCUCCUUCAGCUUCCUUAACUGAGAAUGAGAUCUUCGAUGGCCCAGGAGAUGAGCGCUCAGAGUCUCCCUAUGAAAGUGCUGAUGAAACUCAGACUGAAGUGUCUAUAUCAUCCAAAAAAUCUGAGCGAGGAACGGGAACAAAAAAAGAAUAUGUGUGUCAGCUAUGUGAAAAAACAGGUGAUCUCCUGCUGUGUGAAGGACUUUGCUAUCGAGCUUUUCACGUGAGCUGCCUUGGGCUCUCUGGAAGACCAGCAGGAAAAUUCGUUUGUAGUGAAUGUACAUCAGGUGUGCAUACCUGCUUUGUGUGUAAAGAGAGGAAGGCAGAUCUGAAGCGCUGUGUUGUAUCCCACUGUGGAAAAUUCUACCAUGAAGCCUGUGUGAAAAAAUUCCAUCUAACCGUGUUUGAGAACAGGGGUUUUCGAUGUCCUCUGCACAGCUGCCUCAGUUGUCAUGUUAGUAACCCCUCCCAUCCACGAAUCUCAAAAGGAAAGAUGAUGCGCUGUGUUCGCUGUCCUGUUGCAUACCAUGCUGGAGACGUGUGCAUUGCUGCGGGAUGUGCAGUCAUCGCUUCCAACAGCAUUGUUUGUACGAAUCAUUUCACUGCCAUGAAAGGAAAAAGUCAUCACGCGCAUGUCAAUGUGAGCUGGUGCUUUGUGUGUUCCAAAGGAGGAAGCUUGUUGUGCUGCGAGUCGUGUCCUGCAGCAUUUCACCCGGACUGUUUAAACAUCGAAAUGCCAGAUGGGAGCUGGUACUGCAAUGACUGCAGGGCAGGGAAGAAACUCCAUUUCCAGGAUAUUAUUUGGGUUAAACUGGGAAAUUACAGAUGGUGGCCUGCAGAAGUUUGCCAUCCGAAAAAUGUUCCCCCAAAUAUCCAGAAAAUGAAGCAUGAAAUUGGAGAAUUUCCUGUAUUUUUCUUUGGUUCUAAGGAUUACUUUUGGACACAUCAAGCACGGGUGUUCCCUUAUAUGGAGGGAGACAGAGGGAGUAGAUACCGGGGGAUUAAAGGAAUUGGAAAAGUCUUCAAAAAUGCUUUGCAAGAAGCUGAAGCUCGAUUUCGAGAAAUAAAGCUACAGCGAGAAGCCAAAGAAACCCAAGAAAGUGAACGUAGGCCUCCACCAUACAAGCAUAUUAAGGUGAAUAAACCUUGUGGUAAAGUGCAGAUAUAUACUGCUGACAUUUCUGAGAUUCCCAAGUGCAACUGCAAACCCACAGAUGAAAACCCUUGUGGCUUUGAUUCUGAGUGCCUCAAUCGGAUGUUGAUGUAUGAAUGUCAUCCACAAGUUUGUCCAGCAGGAGAACGAUGCCAAAACCAGUGCUUUACAAAACGUGAAUACCCUGAGACAGAGAUCAUCAAAACAGAUGGGAAAGGAUGGGGUUUGGUUGCAAAGAGGGACAUUAAAAAGGGAGAGUUUGUGAAUGAGUAUGUUGGUGAGCUCAUUGAUGAAGAAGAAUGUAUGGCAAGAAUCAAAUAUGCACAUGAAAAUGACAUUACUCACUUCUAUAUGCUUACUAUUGAUAAGGACCGUAUUAUUGAUGCUGGCCCCAAAGGGAACUAUUCUCGUUUUAUGAAUCACAGCUGCCAACCAAAUUGUGAAACUCUGAAAUGGACGGUAAAUGGAGAUACUCGUGUUGGCCUGUUUGCUGUGUGUGAUAUUCCUGCAGGGACAGAGCUGACUUUCAAUUACAACCUUGACUGUCUGGGCAAUGAAAAAACAGUCUGCAAAUGUGGUGCCCCAAACUGCAGUGGAUUUCUUGGGGACAGACCAAAGAAUUCUUCCACUAAUGCCUCAGAAGAAAAAGGCAAAAAGACCAAAAAGAGAACACGGAGGCGUAGAAUGAAAAAUGAAGGGAAGAAAGAAUCUGAAGAUGAUUGUUUUCGUUGUGGUGAUGGAGGCCAGCUGGUGUUGUGUGACAGGAAAUCUUGUACUAAAGCCUAUCAUCUCUCCUGUCUUGGUUUAGUGAAACGUCCUUUUGGGAAGUGGGAGUGUCCUUGGCACCACUGUGAUGUUUGUGGCAAACCUUCUGUUUCAUUCUGCCACUUCUGCCCAAAUUCUUUUUGCAAGGAACACCAAGAUGGGACAGUACUAAAUUCUACAUUGAAUGGACAGUUAUGCUGCUCUGAACAUGUUCUCGGGGUGGAUUCUGUUGAAACUCAGAAGACUGAGAAACCCCGCAAAAAACUGAGCAAGUUGAAGCCUAAGAGAAAGGAGAGGAGCAGAUGGAUGAGAGCCGAAUGCAAAUAGUCUUGGACUGCAGUUACUACUGCCAACACUAUCUUGUAGAUAAGUUGUGAAUAUUACCAGGGAAGGACACAAUUUUACAUAUAUUCUGUAAAGGUUAUGG